CUACUUGACAUGUAAAAGACUAACUCUUCACCAGUUCACUAUAAAUAGAGGUUGAUAUUGUGCUUAUAUCUUCACACUACACACAAAUACAUACAAACAUACAUUAAUUGGAAACUGAAAGUAAUAUAAUCAUGGCUAAGUCUGCUGCCAUCAUCACUUUCCUCUUCGCUGCUCUUGUUCUCUUUGCUGCUUUUGAAGCACCGAUAAUGGUGGAAGCACAGAAGUUGUGCGAGAAGCCAAGUGGUACUUGGUCAGGAGUUUGCGGAAACAGCAAUGCGUGCAAGAAUCAGUGCAUUAACCUUGAGGGGGCAAAACAUGGAUCUUGCAACUAUGUCUUCCCAGCUCACAAGUGUAUCUGUUACUUCCCAUGUUAAGCUACCAAUGACUACCAAUUAUACUUGGUGCUUCAUGGUGUGUAUUUUACAUAAAAUAAGUCUUUGUCAUUCUAUGAGUGACUUUAUUAUGACAUGCAUGUUUAUGUUUUAGUGUUUCGUUUGCUUUGUUGUUGUUUUCUUUUUUUCGUUUGCUUUGGUUUUAUAAUAAAAAUAAAAGAAUUAUGUACGAAGUUUUUUCUUCUUCUAUCAAUAUUUGUCACGUUAGAUCAUUAGGUGAAACUAAAC